CAACAAUGAGCCGCUGCACAACUUUCCAACAGGAGUUUGGAAAAGCAGCUUUUUAGUAAACAGCUGCUGUUAUUAAAAUUGAAGGUUUUCACGUUUUUACUGCACGUGUUGUCUUUCUCAUAAGUGUACAGUUGUGAAGUACAGAGUGAUCUAUGGAGUUCCCAAAGCUCCCUCCUCACUCCGGCUCUGUGUUAUCAGUAGUGGACAUGCACACAGGUGGAGAGCCGCUGCGCAUUAUCCUGAGCGGGUAUCCGGAGGUAAAGGGGGACACCAUCCUUGCCAAACGACGGUAUGUGAGAGAGCAUCUGGAUCAUCUUCGCAAGCUCUUAAUGUUCGAGCCCCGUGGUCACUACGAUAUGUACGGAGCCCUGCUGGUCAAAAGUGAGUUAGCAGAGGCUGAUCUUGGCGUCUUGUUCAUGCACAACGAAGGGUACAGCACCAUGUGUGGCCACGCUGUCAUUGCUCUCGGGCGCUUUGCGGUAGACUAUGGCUUGAUUAAGGAGCCCACUUCACCAGAGACGCAGAUAAACAUACACUGCCCCUGCGGCUUAGUGAAGGCCUUUACACAGUAUUCCAAUGGGAAAACUGGAGCUGUCAGAUUCCACAGUGUGCCAGCCUUUGCUUUCGCUACAGAUGUGAGUGUCUCAGUACCAGGAUAUGGGUCCGUCACUGUGGACAUCAGUUAUGGUGGAGCUCUUUAUGCUUUUGUGAGUGCUGAGAAGUUUGGGUUGGACGUCAGCAAGUCUAAAACCAGAGAUUUGGUGGAUGCAGCCACUGCUGUGAGUGAUGCUGUCAAAUCCCAGGUAAAGCUGUACCAUCCAGUCAGUGAGGAUCUGGCAUUCCUCUAUGGCACAAUUCUUACUGAUGGCAAAGAUGCUUUUUGUGAAGAGCCAACGGCCAAUGUGUGUGUGUUUGCUGAUGCACAGGUGGACAGAAGCCCUACGGGAUCAGGCGUCACUGCUCGUAUAGCUCUUCAAUACCAUAAAGGCCUGAUCGGACUCAACCAGACCAGAAACUUCAAGAGUGGAGCAACAGGAUCAGUGUUUACAGGAAAAGCAAUAGAGGAGACCAUGUGUGGGGACUUCAGGGCUGUGGUAGUGGAGGUCACAGGUCACGCUCACUACAGCGGUGUGGCCAGCUUCACCCAAGAGAACGACGACCCUCUGAGUGGAGGCUUUCUUCUGCGCUGACUCAGCGGACUGGAAGGAACUGAAAUUCCUGCUUCCAAUCGCAGGUAGUGUAAGAAACGGUUUCUGAGGUUGAGAACGUGGAUCUUCUGAUGUAGGUUCUUUGCAAAGAAAAUCAUGUUUAGAUGUGACUGUUACACACGUGGCUAUAACUAAAUAAAUGUAUGUAAACUAUUUGACAAAUAUGACUUUGCAAUUGCUAAUAAUGCCCACCAGGGGACAUCCUCUGACUAUAUUUACCCCAGCAUUGGAGGAACAGUGUGGCGACACUGUUUUUAAUCAUAUUUUAAUUCAUUUUGGAAUUUUGUAAUUCCAUUCACGGUAUUACCACUCACUAAUCAGGAGACUUAAAUUGACAGCAUAACAGAUAUUACUAUUCAGAUUCUUCCAUUUAUUCUUAUGAUUCAUCUUACAACGGAAGGUUGUGUUUUCCUUAAAUUAUAAAAGUCCAAUGGAGGUAUCUUACACUGAAAAAGGAAACUCUGUUACACCAUACAACUAGGCUGCUGAUUAAAAAAAAAAAAAAACAGGAGAGAAGGAAGAACGUAAGGGAAGAAGAGUAUUGCCUUGAUCCAGUUACUUACAGAUCAUUUUAAAUAUGACUACAUUUCACAUGAGAAGUCCUCAGACAGAGAGACCAACACUUGACAUCAGAAACUGCAUAGAGUCUGUACAAUGACCGUCCACAGUGUUUAAGACAACAUGGGCACCAGAGGCCCCUAAAAACACACCUUUAUAAAAAUCAUUCCCAGUCAUCCUGUACCGGUUAUCACAAUGCAGUCUUCUUUCUGAAUAAGCAACCCACAGCCCUGGUUAUUGAUGUCAGUAAUGUUCCUUAAAAACACUCUAUAUGUAUUAUUUAAAAAAAAAAAACAAAAAAAACAAACAC